AUGAGGCGAGGAGUUGAGGGGGAGCCACCUCGGGAGGGAGCGAGAGGAAGAGGAGGCGGCAGUUCUGCUCCUUCUCACGGCGGCACUGGCGGGGUCUCUGCUGGCGGUGGCACUGCUGGCGGGGUCUCUGCUGGCGGUGGUGCUGCUAGCGGGGUCUCUGCUGGCGGUGACGCUGCUGCCGGGGUCUCUGCUGGCGGUGGCGCUGCUGGCGGGGUCUCUGCUGGCGGUGGCGCUGCUGGCGGGGUCUCUGCUGGCGGUGGCGCUGCUGGCGGGGUCUCUGCUGGCGGUGGUGCUGCUGGCGGGGUCUCUGCUGGCGGUGGCACUGCUGGCGGGGUCUCUGCUGGCGGUGGCGCUGCUGGCGGGGUCUCUGUUGGCGGUGGCACUGCUGGCGGGGUCUCUGUUGGCGGUGGUGCUGCUGGCGGGGUCUCUGCUGGCGGUGGCGCUGCCGGCGGGGUCUCUGCUGGCGGUGUAGUGCUGGCGGGGGUCUCUUCUGGCGGUGUCACUGGCAUUGUCGCUGGCGGUGUCGCUAGCGUCGGUGCUGGCGGCAGUUGCUGGCGGGUCCGACGGCGGGUCCGUCGGCUCGCUUGCUUGCGGGCUCGAGGGUCCGUUGGCGAGCUCGCUGGCGGGCUCGUCGGCGGGUCCGUAGGGGGAUCCGUCGGCGGGUCCAACGGCGGGUUUGUCGGCGGGCUUGCUGGCGCGCUCGUUGGCGGGUCCGACGGCGGGUCCGUCGGCAGGUUCGCUGGCGCCAAUGCUAUCGCGGGCGACCGUCGCUAG